AAUCGAUGCGCAAGUUUCGAUUAGGCCGGUGGUUAGCCAGCUUUAGCCUCUAAAGUCGAUUCUGUGAUAACGGACGAAAGGAUAGCCAAUACGGUAACUGGCAGAUACGAUUGUCGCUCACAUGAGAUGAUGGCCUUAUCGUAGAUUGGAGCGAAUACCCGAUGCCUUUUUUAACGCGAGCAUGUGAACGGAUCUCGAGACUCGAAUUUUCGAUUCGGAGCAUCUAGUGUGAGAGUUAACGUACUCAGCAGGGAUAAUUACGGAGGUGGAAUUUUAUUUUCGACCGAAGGAUCGUGUGGUUGUUUACGCGAGGCUUUUUAUGAACGUGUGUUUCGUUCGUCAGCGCUCGUCGUUUCGCUGAUCGUUCAGUUGUGCCUGGCUUUCUUGCCUGCUGCCGCGAAUGUGGAUACUUCACGGUGCGCUGUGCUGCUGCUGCCGCCGCUGUGCGUUUCAUGUCCUCACCACGGCUGGUCACCCCCGGAUUCUGACGAGAUUUCCACAUUUCUAAACGGUUUGGAAUUGGUUCGUUAUUGUGCCAGGCCCCGCCGUGAUUGUCACUUGAUAGCAACACCCGAGGCGCCAAAGCUGUCCGCAUCGGCGCUUUCUUCAGCCCAAGUGGUAUCAAUGUUGUCUGGCAAUGGUGUGUAAGGAGAACGUGGUAUCAUGGUUUGGGAAUCUGUCCAGUUAUAAACGUAUCGAUGUCAUGUGCACGUUAUUAAAUAUGUGCCUGCCAUUUGAAGUACGAUACCUUGGCACUUGUGUCGAGGAUAUUGGUAAGCGGGACUACAAUGACCUUCGUGACACGGAACAUCAUGCAAACAGUGCCUCCGAUCUUACUGAGCUGACGACCUUAGGGGUGGCAGAUAAACGUACACGAAGGAAACUUGCUCUUUACAUGGCAUUAUUACAUUCUUGUAAUUAUGCAUGUGCAGUAAUCUUGUACAAGAAUCUAUCAAAUUUUGACUAUCAAGAGAUCUCAAAUCUAUUAAAUGGGACCACCUUCACACCAGAUGACCAACCUUUAGAAGAGCUGCUCUUAUUGUACACAAUGGCUUUAAAUCACCCAGCGUUUACAUAUGAGCAGAAGAGUGUCUUUGGCAAUAUUUAUAUAAAACUUCAAGAGGAGGAAGCUCGCUUGAAUCUGUCAAAGUCAAACGCAUCUUACAAACAGACACAAGGUUGCACACCGUGUAUGAAUACAAAUGAAAGGUUAAUGGAUACUGAAAUGCAGGGCAAUUGUUUAAUGGCACCUCCUCCGAUGCAGACUUACCAUGGAGAAAUGGCAAUGAGAAAUAAUACUAUGGUAACUGGUGUUCCUCCUGGUCUUUCGAUGCCUCCUCCUGGACUAUGUUUAUCAGCACCGGAACAAAUGCCGAUAGGAUCGGGUGGUGGAACACCAUACCUUCAUCUUGGCUUCUCAUCAGUAAAUCAUAUGCCACCAUGGACAGGUCAGGUUAUGAUGGGGAAUCAACUGAUGUAUCACACUGGCGAUAUGUUGGCUUAUCCACCUUCCCCCUUAGUCAGCCGUCAAUCGUCGCCAUCCCAGUCACGAUCUCCUAGCCGCAGUAAUUCCCCAAUGGGUCGCAGGAAUAACACAAUGCCGCGUACUUCGUCACAAGUGACUCAGUCUACUUCGAACACCUUAACAACGUCAACGAGUGCCUCUAACAGUCAGACAAGCAUCGCAAGUUCAAAUGCCAAUUCUCUUCCCCCACUUCCUACACUUGGUACGAGUAGGAGUCAUCCUGGACAACCUCCAUUGCUUCCAUCACGCUCUGUUCCUUUACCUAUCAGCAGUUCCACAACUUUUUCGCGGCAUAAUAGCAUAGAGAAUACUCCUUCUACCUUAAUUCCGGCAGCACCACAAUCUAAACAACCACCACCACCACCACGAUUGCGGUCCUCAACUUCUGGUGACUCUUUACGAGAAACGCUAGGGAAGGAGAUGCCAAAUUUCAAAGGCAACUUACAGAAUUUUUCACUCGAUGAGAUUCGGAGGAUGAGCGACGAAGAUUUAAGGGAUAUAGGAUUAACACCAAAUGCAGUUGGGCAAUUACGAAGUAUAGUUAAGAGUCAAACGACUAACGGUUUAAACCAAAUUAAUAGCGAGAAAAAAUUGGACAAUACUACUAACACGGGUCAUGCAGUUGUAGAACCAAUUGAAAAUGAGGCUAUACCGGGGAUGGAGAUGUUAAAUGAUAAUGGAAAUCAAAGCAGUAAGUCAAUGCCAUUACAGGAACAACAUCCAGCGAUGCAUCAUCAUCAUAAUCACGCAGCUACUCCUAAUUUACGGCGAUAUCCUAAUAUGCCACCAUUAGAUCCCGCGCAAAUACAAAUGUAUCCUGCACCGCCACCAAUGUAUGCUACACAGAACGCACCAUGUUAUGCCUGUCUUACGUUACCUGUUGCUGGGGUACAAAAUCGAUAUCCAAGGUGCAAUGCUCAACAUGUGUAUUGUUUGACGCAAUUUCAAGCCUUGAGGUUAGACCCUGAGAGCAGUAGGCACUGUUCGCAAAGCAGUAGUUCCGAUAGUACUGGUAGCAGGUCUCCGCCGGAAACACCUCCAGCAGCCCCGUGGGUGAGCGAGAGCAACGCACCACCAGUUACCGAUCACCUUAACUCAGCAUCGGCGCACUCUACGAGCGCAGUGUCACAUCCAGCACCUCAACAGCCUAUACAAUCGAUACCGGAGAGGCAACGUCCUAGAAAAAAUCAGGCGCAUGUGAUGCGUCAUAAAAAUCAAAUGGUGAACGGCGGUGGAGCACCGAAUUUAUCGCAAUGCGUUUCCUUUCCCGCGCCACCAACGCAAUCGCAGGUCACGUAUCUGCCGCAUGGUCAUUUCUCAACUUUGAGACCCAGCAGUGGUAUUUAUUCUAACUUCUCACAUGGACCGUAUGCAAGACCAGCUUAUCCGACCACGUAUCAACCGAACGGUGAAAUGAUGUACCAGUAUCCUGGGCAUCCAUCUUCAGGAGGAACACCCCCACCGCCACCGAACGCUGCCGCAACACCCGUACAAGCACCAUACAUGCCUCCUACUCCGGUUGUUACGUACGCGCCAGCUGCUGUCCCACCAACGAAAAUCUCGUGUUAUAAUUGUGGCAGUAGCAAUCAUCUCGCAGUCGAUUGUAAGGAUCAAACGAUGGAAGAUCUUACCAAGAAAGCUCAGUACCGCCUAGACUACAGUAUAAUGAAACAACCUGGAGAGUGCCCAAGUUCUGACAAGUGAUCCCCUGCCACGGACCACCCAGCAAUUUACCAUUAUCAUCACUACCAUAAUUACUGUUACCAUCACUGUCAUUAUCAUUCCCAUUACCACUAUUACCAUGACCCCACGACAGCAAUACAACUUAAGGACCGUUCAAAAGAUGACUGCUAUCGCUCCUUGUGCAAGUUUUCGGUGAUUUUUGUAGACAUCCCUUAUAUUCAGGACGACGAUUUUUUAACUGAGGAUGUUUCACAGUUCACGGUACCAGGUAUACUUUUUACGAGAUCUUAUUUAUGAUAGUAAUUAUUCUUAACUAUGAUUGUAAAAAGAUGUAGCGUCGUGUACAAAGGGAAAAGAACUAAAGGAAGCAUAACGCAGAGUCCAGGUGUUCUCAUCUAUGUUGUUAGAAUACAUUUUGAACGAUUUGUGUUAGACAUUGACUCGGGUCUUUCCAAACGAUACCUAUGGGCUAUUCACCCUCUAAGCCAUUUCUCCCCAUUUCUCUAAUAACUAGCCAUAAAUGAAAUGCAAUGAAAAAAAAAAGAAAACAACGCAUUGUGCUCUGAUUAGAUAAAAUCUACCACGUUUGACUAUAUUUAUCAUUGAUACCUUUUCUUCUACUAGUAUGUCUACUACCACUAUUACUACUAUUACUAUUAAACUAUUACUAUUACUUCUAUUAUCGCUACUGCAUCACGACGUUUUUAUGUAUAUAUAUUUUCUCAAUUCUUACGUGCGCAAUGUUUGAACGAGUGUAAAAAUAUAUAGAAUGGUGAGGACGAAAUAAGUGGGAAAUAUAGCGUGGAAGAAUGACGAGUGAAUGUGUAGACGAAAGUGAGAGAGAAAAAAAUGAAGAAAGAAAGAAUGAGAGAACAACAAACCAUAAGUGUUCGAUCAUCUAGCUGCCGUUGCGCUCCUGUGUGUAUAAAACUACGAAUAUAUACGCCGCUCACCACUCAUUUAUUAAUUUAUGAAUAGUUAGCUAAGUAACAAUAACUCUCAUCCUAUUUAUAUAGUCACGCAAUCACGUGCAACUUAAGCAAUUUUAUACGACUUUUAUUGAUCGCCCGUCUUUUUUAAAUGUAACCAAUGCGUUACAUGCGUUUAGAAUCUUCUUAGUGGUUAAUGAAAAAAAAAAAAGGGAGGGGGAGGGGGGAAGGCAAGAAUAAUAAUUCUUGGAAUAUGUGUUAGCGUUUAGGUAUGAGUAAAGUGGCAAUCUACGUUAUGCGCUCGCCUUGUCAACAAGUUGCUACUACACUUAAAUUAACUUUUGAUUAAAAACACCAUUAGCGAGUGUUAAUCUAAUUCUAUUAGAGUGCAUAAUUUGGAAAAUUUUUGACUAGCCCCUGUAAUUUACGAUGGUUUGUACUUUUUACUCGUAAGGCUCUCAUAUUAUGCACCUGAUCUAUGUGUAGUAGGUCUUAAAUACCUAAUAGUAUGGAAUGAAAAGCUAUAAAAGUGAACGAGAGUGAAUAAUGUGUGAAUUUGAAUACGUAUGCAUUUAAAAACUUUCCUUUGAUGAUAUCUCGAUAUAAAGAAUUUCUCAGGUGUUUCUUUUGGUUGGUACUCGAAUAUUUCGGCAGCUAGUCAGUGGCCACGUGAGAAAAUUUUUGAGUAAAUUAAUGUACCAGUGUCGGUGUCUUUGCAAGGAUGAAAGUUUGACUUUUAAGAUUUAAAAUCAGGCUCGCUGAUUUUAUUCUAAUUACGAUAUAAAUUCUCUAUGAUGAUAUUAUUUUUCAUAGAUUAUUUUUUUAUACGCGAGAAAUGUGUUUCCUAAAUGUUCUCUAAACAACGUUUGAUCUUUACAAACUCCAAAGAAAGCCAAAAACUAAUUAUUUAUCGAUCGAUUACCAAAAUCGUGUGUAGAUUACAAAUUUAACAAAAAGAAAGAAAGAAAAAAAAAGAAUCGUAGGUCAGUUUAAAAUUAUUACAACUGAAGACGUUGCUCCCGGUAAUAUGUUAGUCAAACUUUUGUCAAUUGUUUGUAACAAGUUUAUUAACGUAAUUACAGAAACCUGGUUUCGGUGUUCGUAGGUGAUGUUUAGUGAAAGUGCCAUUUUUUAUGUCAAUACCUAGUGUCUUUAUACCGGUCUACGAAAAAAAAAAAAAAAAAAGAAAAGCAAAGGUUGACAUUUAUCUUGCUGUUACCAUUAGCGAAUAAUAAUAAUUUUUUUUUUUUUUUCGAACUACCUGAGAAAAGUUUCGAUGUGGCUGUGAUCGAUGAGAAGUUGGUGAAAUUUAUAUCGAAGCUGUAAACCAGAACACCUAUUCAACUUCACGAUAAACAAAACGAAAAGAGAAAAAAAGAUAAAUUUGUUGGCAUUCGCGAGCACUCUGUCCCAGGUAUUAGUGUUCAUAAUAAGUGGCAGAGUUCGUCUGAGUAAAGUUUACAAAACGAAAAAAAAAAAAAAAGAAGAAGAAGAAGUAACAAGCCUCGUUUGUAUCGCGUCAGAAAUGUAAUUGUGUUGCUUGACAAUAGCGAAAGAAUAAACACAGCGGUUUCGCGAAUUUGUACGUGCUUCGACCACGAAACAAAGGAGUCUGACUUUAUGGCAUGCGCGUAUGGAACGAUAAAAAGAUUUUCGUGUUUUUUUCGUGAUCAAGUCUUAAGUUCACGGUGAAAACUUCAGAACUCGGUUCUCGAGUAAAUUCACUUUACAAAAAUUGAAAAUAUUAUUAGUGUUGAUUCGUUGACGUAAUUUCUGAUAACUUCGAUAAGUUAUAGAGAGGAUUUAUAUACCACCUUGCCAAGCAGUAACAAAUCAUUGUCGACCAAGCAAUAUCGUGAUAGUUGUAGUCACGAUUAGUUAUUCGAAAGCAAUAGUAAUUAUUAGCGCGCGCCACUUUAUUACCGUUUACCAACCGUCGACGUUGACGGUGAAAAGGUGUAGUUUUUCGAUCUAGUAUCAUUGGCAAUAAAACGAACGCGAUAUAUUUUGUCCUUAACUAUUUAAGCAAUAUUUCUUAGAGUAACAUCAGUAUAGGUUUUUUCAGAGAAAUAUUAUUGUAUAGUAUUAAUGUUGUAAACAACAAUAAGGCAGUUGUAUGUUUUCGUUGCCAAUCAGCAAUUGUAGAUAAACGAAGGUCGUGUAAUGCGCACUUUAGCAAUAAUGUCAUGCUCGAUAAACAUGAUACGUUAUGUAGAUGUUAUUUGACGAAAACAAUUCUGUUCCAACGCGUCGAAGUAAGGAAUUAUGGUUUCCGUUGCGCCGUUUCAUUUUAUAAAUUUAUUCGAUAUUUUAUGGGAAAUGCACUUUCCAACUGUACGUUCACAUCGUAUCGAUAGUCUAUUUAUCUUAUUAGUUUCGUUCUCUACAAUACGUUUUUCAACUGUUACGUAACAUUGUAAAAUCACUUCCAUUGGUUGCAACUUCGCAGAUGUGGUUUUAGCUAGAAUUGAGACUCCUUUGUUUGGCAAAUACCACGCACAUUUAAGCUAGCGAGAAGAAACUAAUGACAGCAAAGAAAUGUUGUUGUUGGGAAGGGGAGGAGGAAGGUUGUCGGCUACCACAAGUCUUCAUGGUUCCUGUGUCACCUAUAAUUGGUGAUUUACUGGGAGCAGACUUAUCUCUGCGCACAGAGAGUUAGGUUCUCUUCAUCGAAUCGGUAUAGACCAGUCUCUACUCUUGUCACUGUUUCCAAUAUCUUUUCGAGGCUUUGGCUCUUCUGUGAUCUGGUUGUUGAGGCUCUUCUUCGGAGUCGGUGGACUCGCUAUCAGCGUAGACUCUUGGAAACGUGAUAGGAUCUUUGUUGUCCAUGGUGUUGGUGACUUUUGCUUGAUAUCUUCUGGCAAGUCUCUUCUCAUCUGUAGGGAGAUCUCCUAUUUGCCUUAAAACGUCGUUUCUGAUGGGACACCCUGUAUUUCUGAUCCCCUUUCUUUUAACGCUGAGGUCUUCUAUGGUUUUUUUUUGCCAACUCCAGACAUCUUCUUGCAAAGAUUUGCAACUUGAUAUAGAGAAUAUUGUUACAAGAGUCUGAUUUCAGCUAGCAAUAAAUAAACUCUUUUGUAGUUGUCUUCUGUAGAGAAUUGUGAUCGCAAAAGUGAGAGACCUGUCCAUGUAGUGGUUCCAGAGGGUUGAGCAACACUUUAUCCUGUUUUCAAACUCUUUGUUUAUUUUCUUAUUUGACAUCCUCAUGCUUCGCCGAGAUGCAUGUCCAAACUGCAACCUACUUUGACUAAGUGCUCCAUGUUUUUACCUCUCCAGCCAAAGUCGCUAGGCUUGUGUAUCGCGUGAAGACUGUGGCGGUCGUCGAUUUCAAAAGAUUCGUGUGUCUUUUUGGGUGGAAAUCUGUUUGAUGCAAUCGUUAUGCUACAUUAUUAAAAAAAAAAAAAAAAAGAAAGAAAGAAAGAAAAAAAAAUAGUUCAAAUGCUCUUGAUCAAAUCAGUAUUAUACCUGAACGAAUCAAAAAAAGAAAAAGGAAAAAAAAAAGAAGAAAAAGUUAAAGAACCAUAUCACUCGAACGGAAGCCGUAGAACAGAAACGUGAGAGAUUAAUAGUAGCGAUAACUAUAAUGAAAUGAUAAUAUUGAUAUUAAUUAUAGUAAUAAUAAUAAGGAUAAUAUUAUAUAUUCGUUGUAAGGUAGAGAUGUAAAGUUUCCAGAAAGAUUGGACAUCGUUAUGCCAACAAAAGUGUCUCUCCUUUUUCGUCGAAUGUAGGCCGUUGAUGAAGAUAAAAGGGAAUGCGAUUUGGACCGUGAACAGAUUUUAACGCGUCAACCUUGGUUGUCUCUAUCGUUCUAUCGUAAUUCAAUUAGCUCUUGUAAUAAUUGUUUCCGUUUCUAAUCCCUGUUAGCACAACUACUCGCCGCUCUUUAACACUUUAACUACUGGCCUGUUUCGAAACAGUCUACAAAUUUAGAUUUUCUAUAUUAGUAUACAUUCAUCUAGGCUGACAUUAAUUUGUGUACAUCGUUAGUAGAUAGAUCAAAAGGCUCGCGUGUUUCCUCGAAGCACACAAAAUAACAAGGUCCUGUACGGGGAACACUGAAAUUAAAAACUAUAGGUGGGCUCUCGGUAGAUAAAGUGUUAAUUGUUCCUCUUCUCGCUUCAAUUAGAACCGAUCGUUAGCGUUUUUCUUUUUACGUUUGCGAACCUAUCGGGACAUAAAAUUCAAACGAACCCAACGAUAGAGUCCUUCGUUGAAAACUUGAGCGAGUAAAGAAAGUUGAAAUCCUUUUGUUUAGUUAAAAUUACCGGACGAUGUAGAUUGCACGGUGAAGUAAACUGUUUUGUUGUCUAUCCAGCCGUAAAAUUGAAGACCAAAUAAGCCGUUCGCUUUUAACACUUUGCCAACCGCACACUUUCCGUGAACUUUAGACAAUAACGUGGCUUUAUUCGUCGUAUCUGUGAAGCUAUUCAAUGACGAUAUUUCUUUAAAUAUCGCAUUAAUAUUACGUACCGAUAAUUACACAAAUAUUCAGUGACAUUUCGUACGCAAAAUUACGCAAAACUGUUAAAUCAGAUUACUUUGUCUAGGUACAUAAAUGAUCUCGGAUAUGUACCUCUUUCGAAAAAUUAAUUCUUAUCCACUACCUGCCAAUCGUAUCUUCGAUUUUUAAAUGGCAUGUGGUUACUGUACACACGCUUAUUGUGUAUAUUUGUAAACGCACAACGCGAUGCGGCGUAAAGAGACCAUUGGUUGGCAAUGUGUUAAAGAUUCAAUUACGUAAAUCUUUCUUUUCGUUUCUCUUUGGCGUAUUUUAAUUAAUAUUGAUAUAUAUAUAUAUAUAGUUAGAUAUUCUUUGUCACAACACUCUUGAUAUGCCACGGAAUAACAAACUUUCUCGACACUUUUACAUCUCCAGUACUCGAAUAACUCGAGCGAAAAAAAGGAAACGAAAUUAUAUAUAUAUAUAUAUAUAUAUAUAUACACGUAUAUGUGUAUAUUUAUAAAGGAAAAAAAAUGCGAGAAAAGCCACAGGAUGCGAGAGAGGAAUAGAGUUACGGUGUAUCUCCUUUUUUCCAAACGUUUUUUUGGACAUACAGGGGUGUAAUUGGGCAGCGAUUAGGAUUGUACAGAAAAUAAUAAAACGAAAAAAAAAAAUAAAAUAAACGAAUAAGAUAACGCGUUAACAGUAAACAAACGACAAGAGAAGUCGAAACGAAACACGUCGAACACACACACACACACACACACACACACACACACACACGUGUGCGCACAUGUACACAGCCAUUUAUCGAGAUACCGUCGGCAUAGUGACUUACAAAGCGCUUACAAUUACGAUAUACAUUUGCUGCGUGUUUCGCCAGCAGAACUCGCGUUACGGUAAUAAUAAUAAUAAUAAUAAUAAUAAUAAUACUAAUAAUAAUAAUAAUAAUAUUAAUAAUAACAAUUAAAAAACAAUGUGUGUGCGAAAGAGAGAGAGAACGUUAGCACGAGGCGACCGUCACGAAGACAAUACGCGCUUUGGGUGAGAAAGAAAACGCUGUAUUAAAAGACAACAAAAAAAAAAAAAA